AUGGAGAACGACGAUCAAGGAUUUCAAACCUACCAGCCGGUUGGGAAACUACAACUGUCUCCAAACUCCGAUAAGAGGACUUAUUUACCGAAGGUAGAUGAAUCGCUUAAGCCGAGGGAUAAGAUGACCUUUGACACAGUGAACAACGCAUUCCUCUUUUAUCAGAAGUAUGCAAUGGCUUCAGGCUUCACCGCCAGGAAGUCUUCUCAAUACACACAUCAUGGUGUUAUAAAAUCUAAAUGGUUUGUUGGCUCAAAGGAGGGGACUAAACCUUUUAAGGCGAUCGAUACAUCUAAAAAGAUUGACACCUCAAAUAAUGGGUCAAAGAGGAAAUCUGUUCGACGUGUUCCUUCUAUAAGGACUGGGUGCAAAGCACGUAUGUUUAUAAAGUUAAUGCCUUCGAAUCUAUACAAGGUAUCUUCUUUCAAUGAGGCACAUAAUCAUUUUUUUGUUGCUGAGGAAGAUAGGCAUCUACUCCCCUCUAACCGAGGUAUGAACUAUAUGCAAGAGCAAGCCGUUAACGCGUUGAGUGCCUUGAACAUUGGCCCUGUGAAAGCGUUUAAUAUCAUGAGGACAUUGUAUGGUGGGUUUGACAAGGUUGGGGCAACCAACAACGAUUUUAAAAAUUUCAAGCGAGACCUGAACAGGUAUAUAUCGGAGUUUGAUGCUGAUAUGAUGAUUAAACGGCUUUUGAGGAAGAAAGAGUACAUGCCUAACUUUUCAAUGGAGUAUAUAACAGACGAGAAUGGAGUUUUAAGGGGUUUGUUUUGGGCAGAUGAAGAUGCCAAAAGGAUUUUUUCUGUGUUUGGUGAUGUUGUUUCAUUUGAUGCCACAUAUCGUCGUAACAAGUACAACAUGAUGUUUGUUCCAUUUACCGGCAUCGACAAUCACAAGCGCAACGUUACUCUUGGUGCCGCUAUAAUAGGAAACGAAACUGCUGAAACUUACAGUUGGUUGCUAAAUGUGUUUCGUCAAGCAUUUGGCCGUGCCCCUCCGGUGAUUGUCACCGACCAAGACCCAGCCAUGAAGAAGGCUAUCGAAGAUACAUGGCCCGAGAGUAGACAUAGGCUAUGCAUGUGGCACAUCAUGGACAAGCUUUCUGCUAAGGUUGGUGCUUCAAUCUGCAAUAAUACAGAUUUCAAAAAGAGGCUGUGUGCCAUUGUGUGGACCGAUUCAGUUAUACCAGUUAAGUUUGAAAGUGAGUGGGCUACCAUAAUGAACGAUUUUAACUUGGUUGAUCAUGAGUGGCUGCAGUCACUUUACCAAAUCGGGGAUACUUGGAUACCAGCUUAUUAUCGUGAGGAGGUCAUGUCCGGGCUUAUGCCUCAGAGACACGAGCACAGGAAGAAUGACCAUGACACCAGAAAUACAAACGCUGAAAUAUGGGCUGAAGACUUUGUUUUGGAGGAUCAAGCGUCCAGGGUAUACACACGCACUAUAUUUUUUGACCAGCAGUUGGAGAUACAAAACGGUAUACACAGAUGUGCUAUCGGAAAGUGGGAAAACAUGGGUGACUUCGUUAACUUUUUUGUGAAAGACUGGGAACAACCAUGCACUACUUUCUUCGAGGUUAUGAUGCGGGAGGACGACAUGACUGUGUAUUGUACAUGCAAAGGAUUUGAACAGUUUGGGUUGUUGUGCUCACACAUCUUUUGUGUGCUAAGGAUGCUUGACAUUAGGGAGUUUCCACAACGCUAUAUAUUACGACGUUGGACUCGGAAGGCUGUUCCAAAUAGUGCCCCUGGUGCUAUUCUAGGUAUCAAUGAGACUGAGGAUCGUUAUAAUGAAGUUAACCGUGUUGUACGUGAGAUCACAUAUUCUACAGAGUCGGUUAUUAAUCAGCUUGUCACCAACUUUGAUGCGCUAUGCUCGUUCAGGGACCAUGUUGUUAAUUAUUUCAAAAUUGCGGAUGAGUCUGUCGUUAAUGCUCCACCUAAGAGCCGUCGUGAAAGGUUUGCAGAAAUUACUGGUAACACAAAACCAUCAGGAGCAACCGUUCGUGUUCCGAUUGGAACAAGAUUCAAAGGUAUGGGUAAGCCUAAACGGAUGAAGUCCAAACGUGAAAUUGCAUUAAGUCAGUUGGGUAAAAAGAGCCGUCAAUGUCAAAACUGUUUUAUAUACGGUCAUAACAGACGUUCUUGCAAAAACCCUACCCGGACUAAAGAACAAGCUAUGGCCAAGGAUGACGGUGAAGAAGCUGAUGAAGUUGACGAGGAGGAAGAUGAAUGGGAGGAAGUUGAAGAAGAUAUGGAUGAACAAGAUGAGGAUGCAUUAGACGAGGAGGAUGGGGAAGAGGAGUAG